CACACUAACAUCCAAGACAUGGCUCUUUCACCUCUGGGACGAGCGGUAGCACGUUCGUUCGACAAGAUAGCACCACUCAGCUUAGCAGAGUCCUGGGACAAUGUUGGCUGGCUUUUGCAAGCAGCAAGACCGAGAACAGGCCGGCCAGGCAGAACAGUCGUCUUGACUAUCGACCUAACCACUGCAGUCUACCGCAACCUGCCUGAGGACACUGGCAUCGUUGUAGCCUAUCAUCCUACGCUGUUCAGCAGUAUCAAGCAGAUUGGCAUCGGCAACAAUGCUCUACAAGCCAGCAUCCUCGGACUCGCGCGAGACGGCAUAAGCUUGUACAGUCCGCAUACGUGCUUGGAUGCAGCUGUCGGAGGCAUCAACACAUGGCUCGCGAGUGCGUUCGACAACGUCAGCGAUGCCAAAGUGUGCAGGCCAGUCGCAAAUCCUCCCGCACAUCACGAGGGGGCAGGGCUGGGCAAGCAGGUUCAACUGAGCAGUGACGUCGAGCUCGACGAGGCAGUCAAGCGGAUCAAAUCGCAUCUCAAUCUCAAGACUGUCAUGCUUGCUCGGUCAGAUCAGCCCAGAUCGCAGCGCGUGAGGAGUAUAGCCAUCUGUGCAGGAAGUGGCGGCAGCGUGAUUGGCAACGCGGAUGCUGAUUUGCUCUGGACGGGCGAGAUGUCCCAUCACGAGAUCCUUGCGGCUACCGCUCGUGGUACGCAUGUCGUGCUUUGCAAUCAUUCUAACACAGAACGAGGCUAUCUACACACUCUGAAGCGGAAGCUAGAAGAAGAGCUGUCCACAGACCCGCAAGCAGAAUCAGAAGCCUGGCGCGUCAUCAUCGCUCAAGAAGACAGAGAUCCCCUGGAUGACGAAGCUGCUUCGCAGAAUACUUUCAGCGUGGUCUCGUUGAGAUGCUGCUCAGGAGCUCAGUCAAGUUUCGUCGACGAACCGAGGCACAAAGACAAAUCAGCUUGGGGCGCUAGGGUGUCUCUCGAGUAUUUCGAAGCUACAUCGGUAAUUGGCAAAACCGCUGCCCGAUCGCGAACUUGA